AUGACUACGUUUCACUUCAGUGACCAACAGCUAGAUAGUGACCUAGUGACAUCAAUUUCUUCACUUCUUGACUCUGUCAAUGUCCCGAAUCUGCUUUGGGGCAAUUAUUUAUUAACCGUAUACGGAGUUCCAACUGUUGUUGAUGGUGUGUCCUUCGUCGUGCCAGAUGCGCUUAUCGAAAUAUCCUUCUCCACCCUCGCUGAAGCUGGCUUUCGGCCCUGCUCUCGACCUUACGCCUGCCCACAUUCGAAUUCGCGCCAGCCGCCCUAUAAACACCUUCAUAUCGAUGACGAGCUUGCGAUAUCGUUGUACCGGAAAUCUGAUGUGCUCUGGGAAUUUCCAGAAUUCGAGGCUGCCCUGGACCACGACGAUUUGAAUAUUAUGUGCGCGUCUGACGUGAGGCUUCCUCCAGCUACCCUAGGGCGCGGUCGAGGGCGAUUUCCACACUUUAGUUUCGUCCGAAUUCCGAGCGCCUCGAGAUAUUGUGAGGCUCUUAUUCUGUUGCUUUGUUGGGGUUACGGAACUGCCUGCGAGACUUACUGGAUGGCGAUUUUGACGUAUAUGCUAGAGUACGUUGAUGGAACAGAUAUUCUCGACGAAGAAAAUAUGAGAGACGGAUACAAACAGUUUUACCAUGCCUUAAAGCCUCUCUGGUUUGCCAUCACUCUUUUCCCUGUCGUUACGUCUCGGAAAUCACAGUUGAAAUGGGUGUGUCCAAAGGCCCAGAGUGUGACAAUCUCACUUCGCCAACACUGCUCAUCUAACAGGCUCCAAGCGCGAAAUCGAGCCAGUUUCAGCAUUCAACCAGGAAAGAUCCGCAGCAUGCGCUUCUCGGUGGGCUUCGACCGACCAAUCGCGAAUGUGGUAAAAAUCGUUCAGACCAAAGCUGACACUCUCCAUUUGUUCUUCCGUGAUACAAGAGAACAAUGUGCAGCCGAGAAUGGCAGCUGGAGAUUCCAGGUGGAGAUCCGAUAG